CUCCCGAGCCCGCCAUACUUCGCAGAUUCCAGCCUUUCACUCCACCCUCCUCUUCGUUAUAGCACCGCCUUUCCCACACUGCAUCUACAGUAUAUUAAUCCUCACUUGGGCCAUAAUUUGGCUGCUGGAACCUCUCACUGCUAUAUAGAUCUCGUAUUCCCAGACUUCUUGCGCGUCUCUUGCACACCCCACCGGCGCAUCCAUCAUCAUGGCCGAGCUUGCGGGCAGCGCCACGGUUGCCAGCAACUCGCUCAAUGGAAACACCGUCAACAAGAAGGUGGCCUACUUCUACGAUUCCGAUGUUGGAAACUACGCCUACGUUGCUGGUCACCCUAUGAAACCGCAUCGCAUACGAAUGGCGCACAGUCUGAUUAUGAACUACGGUUUAUACACGAAGAUGGAGAUCUAUCGUGCGAAACCCGCCUCCAAAUUCGAAAUGACGCAGUUCCACACGGACGAGUAUAUCGACUUCCUCCACAAAGUCACACCUGAUAACAUGGACAACUUCGGCAAGGAGCAAAGCAAAUACAACGUCGGAGAUGACUGUCCAGUAUUUGACGGUCUGUUUGAGUUCUGCGGUAUUAGCGCAGGUGGGACCAUGGAGGGCGCUGCGCGCUUGAAUCGCGGCAAGUGUGACGUCGCCGUCAACUGGGCUGGUGGUCUGCAUCACGCAAAGAAGAGCGAAGCUAGCGGCUUUUGCUACGUGAAUGACAUCGUACUAGGAAUCCUGGAACUUUUGCGCUACAAGCAGCGCGUCCUCUACAUCGAUAUCGAUGUGCACCACGGAGACGGUGUUGAAGAAGCAUUCUAUACCAGUGAUCGCGUCAUGACCGUCUCCUUCCACAAAUACGGCGAGUACUUCCCCGGUACCGGUGAGCUGCGAGACAUUGGUGUUGGCUCGGGCAAGAAUUACUCUGUCAAUUUCCCUUUGCGAGAUGGAAUCACCGAUGAGACGUACAAAAACAUCUUCGAGCCCGUCAUCGAGGCCGUCAUGACUUAUUACGGUCCCGAAGCCAUUGUUCUCCAGUGUGGUGGUGACAGUCUAUCUGGCGAUCGUCUCGGCUGCUUCAACCUUAGUAUGGAGGGCCACGCUAAUUGCGUGACCUAUGUCAAAAGCUUUGGUGUGCCGGUGAUUGUGCUGGGUGGCGGUGGAUACACCAUGAGGAACGUCGCCCGAACGUGGGCGUUUGAAACUGGAAGACUGGUCAACGCUGACAUGACGAGACAAUUGCCCUUCAACGACUACUACGAAUACUUUGCGCCUGAUUACGAGCUUGAUGUGCGCCCCUCCAAUAUGGAGAAUCUCAACUCGGUUGAUUAUCUACAUAAAAUCAAAUCUGCCGUCAUCGAGAACAUCCGUCGCACUGGAAAGCCGUCCGUCGAAGCUUUCACAACUAUUCCCGCCCAGGUCCCACUUGCGAGAGGAAUGGAAUCGGACGAUGAAGAUGAGAUGGACGAUGAAGAUGCUGAUCAGAAUCCUGAUGUCCGAGUCACCCAGCGCCAACGCGAUCAACAAGUGGAGGCGGACGGCGAACUGUAUGAUGGCAGUGAAGAUGAAGAAUAUGAGGAUGGUCUUGGUGUGCGCCGACAGCCCGGCCAGAAGCGAAGGCGAAAUAUCAUGGAGUUCCAAAACCCCAAUGCAGCUUCUGACGAUGGCGCUGAUACGCCUAUGGGUGCACGAGGCCUCAAUGGCGAGAGCGCACGCACUCGACGCUCUGUCUCGCAAGCAUCCUCUGCACAGCCUGUCAACGGCACAGCAUCACGGACACGUACCCCCGCAGUACCUGCUGCAGAAGAGGCCGAUCAUGAUGGCGACGUCGAAAUGGAGGAGGCGGAAGGCAACACCCUUCCAACAGCAGAAGCACGCCGCACUCUGUCUCCUCAGCCUAUCCCGUCGCCACCAGAGUCACCGAGUGCGCCAGCAGAAGCUCCAACUGUAGAGACCACAGCAGAAACAGGAACAUCAGAGACCGUGCCAAAGCCAGAACGAUCCCCAGUGCCAGAUGCACCAGGACCAAUGGAGCCGCAGUCGACCCCCGCCCCAACGGAGGCCCCAGCCGAGGCUGCCGACGUUGAAAUGGCCGAAGACGCUGACAAGCCGGAGCCCGUGGCCGAAGAGCAGGAAGAAGCCAAAAAGGAGGGUGCAGCUGAGCGGGAUGCUGAAAACGUCAAGGGAGAGGUUCGUGCAGAGUUCGCCAAAGACUCAUGA